AUGAAACUCGUCCUCGUCGUAGUGGCAGCCACUUUGAUGUUGGUGCAGCAGGGCGCUGCGCGCGUCGAUCGGCCGCUCAACGAGAAGCUGACGACGUGCAUCGGGCUCCCGUUGCAGCCUGGUGUGAGCGACAGGCACCCGCUCACGGCCUGCAUCCAACUCGCCACCGCCUACUUCCGCCUGCUGCGUCGGGACUGGCACCGGUUCUAUGUGACGUGCGUCACCAACAAGGGCACGGCCGAGCCAUCCAUCUACGAGAACUGGGCCAGCAAGGCUGCCGACUGCGUCGACCAGUGGGCCGACAUUCCUUGAACAUGUCACCAGUUGCGGGUGUUGUUGGUACCCUCGUACAGCCGUUAAAAUGUCCUUCCUCAAAGGAGCCUCACGAGAUUGGCAUCGGGAUACCAACUAAAAAUGAGUCUCUGCAA